GCCAUUUCAAGACAGUGAGAGGUAGAUGUCUAGCAAGAGUUGCUAAGAUUCGAGUCCAGUAUCUGCUACCGCCCCUUAAGCCUUCCAAAACACUGAUAUGGCUGCUGCCCUUUUCCUGCUACCUCUAGAAACAUUUUUUUGCCAGUAGUGGCGGCAAGAGAAGUCAAUUACCCCCUUGCUCUAUUUCAAGAAGCUCCAGAUGGCGUCUUCCGUGGGCUACGUGGCCGACAGCACAGAACCAACGAAACGUAUGCUUUCCUUCCAAGGGUUAGCUGAGUUGGCACAUAGAGAGUAUCAGGCAGGAGAUUUUGAGGCAGCUGAGAGACACUGCAUGCAGCUCUGGAGACAAGAGCCUGACAAUAUUGGUGUCCUUUUAUUACUUUCAUCUAUACACUUCCACUGUCGAAGGCUGGACAGAUCUGCUCACUUUAGCACCUUGGCAAUUAAACAGAAUCCCCUCCUAGCAGAAGCCUAUUCGAAUUUGGGGAAUGUGUACAAGGAAAGAGGGCAGUUGCAGGAAGCAAUUGAGCAUUCCCGACAUGCCUUGCGGCUCAAGCCUGAUUUCAUUGAUGGUUAUAUUAUCCUGGCAGCAGCGUUGGUAGCAGCAGGUGACAUGGAAGGAGCAGUACAAGCUUACGUCUCUGCUCUUCAGUACAAUCCUGAUUUGUACUGUGUUCGUAGUGACCUGGGGAACCUGCUCAAAGCCCUGGGUCGCUUGGAAGAAGCCAAGGCAUGUUAUUUGAAAGCAAUUGAGACGCAACCAAACUUUGCAGUAGCUUGGAGUAAUCUCAGCUGUGUUUUCAAUGCACAAGGGGAGAUUUGGCUGGCAAUUCAUCACUUUGAAAAGGCUGUCACCCUUGACCCAAAUUUUCUGGAUGCUUAUAUCAAUUUAGGAAAUGUCUUGAAAGAGGCACGCAUUUUUGACAGAGCUGUAGCAGCUUAUCUUCGUGCCUUAAUUUUGAGCCCAAAUCAUGCAGUGGUGCAUGGCAACCUGGCUUGUGUGUACUGUGAGCAAGGCCUAAUAGACUUGGCCAUCGAUACCUACAGACGAGCUAUAGAACUGCAGCCACAUUUCCCAGAUGCUUACUGCAACCUAGCAAAUGCACUCAAAGAGAAGGGCAGCGUUGCUGAAGCAGAAGAUUGUUAUAACACAGCUCUUCGUCUGUGUCCUACCCAUGCAGACUCUUUGAAUAACCUCGCCAUUAUCAAGUGGGAACAGGGCAAUAUUGAAGAGGCGGUCCGCCUAUAUCGCAAAGCAUUAGAAGUCUUCCCAGAGUUUGCUGCUGCACAUUCCAACUUAGCAAGUGUACGGCAACAACAGGGGAAGCUGCAGGAAGCACUGAUGCAUUAUAAGGAAGCCAUACGAAUCAGUCCUACAUUUGCUGAUGCUUACUCUAACAUGGGAAACACUCUAAAGGAGAUGCAGGAUGUUCAGGGAGCCUUGCAGUGUUAUACUCGUGCCAUCCAGAUUAAUCCUGCCUUUGCAGAUGCACACGGCAAUCUGGCUUCCAUUCACAAGGAUUCAGGGAAUAUCCCAGAAGCAAUAGCUUCUUACCGCACAGCUCUGAAACUUAAGCCUGAUUUUCCUGAUGCCUACUGUAAUUUGGCUCAUUGCCUACAGAUUGUCUGUGAUUGGACAGACUAUGAUGAGCGAAUGAAGAAAUUGGUUAGUAUUGUAGCUGAGCAGCUAGAAAAGAAUAGGCUGCCUUCUGUGCAUCCUCAUCACAGCAUGCUGUACCCUCUUUCUCAUGGCUUCAGGAAGGCUAUUGCAGAGAGGCAUGGGAAUCUCUGCUUGGAUAAGAUUAAUGUCCUUCAUAAACCACCAUAUGAGCAUCCAAAAGACUUGAAGCUCAGUGAUGGCCGGUUACGUGUAGGGUAUGUGAGUUCUGACUUUGGGAAUCACCCUACUUCUCACCUCAUGCAGUCUAUUCCAGGCUUGCACAAUCCUGAUAAAUUUGAGGUGUUCUGUUAUGCCCUGAGCCCAGAUGACGGUACAAACUUCCGAGUGAAGGUCAUGGCAGAAGCCAAUCAUUUCAUUGAUCUUUCUCAGAUUCCGUGCAAUGGAAAAGCAGCUGACCACAUUCACCAAGAUGGAAUUCACAUCCUUGUAAAUAUGAAUGGGUAUACCAAGGGGGCUCGAAAUGAGCUCUUUGCUCUCAGGCCAGCUCCUAUUCAGGCAAUGUGGCUGGGAUACCCUGGGACUAGUGGUGCACUGUUUAUGGAUUAUAUCAUCACUGAUCAGGAAACUUCCCCAGCUGAAGUUGCAGAACAGUAUUCUGAGAAACUGGCUUACAUGCCUCAUACUUUUUAUAUUGGUGAUCAUGCUAAUAUGUUCCCUCACCUGAAGAAAAAAGCAGUCAUCGAUUUUAAAUCCAAUGGGCACAUUUAUGACAAUCGGAUAGUUCUGAAUGGCAUCGAUCUCAAAGCAUUUCUUGAUAGUCUACCAGAUGUGAAGAUUGUCAAGAUGAAAUGUCCUGAUGGAGGUGACAAUGAAGACAGCAGUAACACAGCUCUUAAUAUGCUAAAUUUGUCACUGAGAGACACAAGUAUGAACUUUAGGCUUAACUAG